CAGCCAUGUCCACUGUCCGCAGUGCCACAGAAAUGAAUUACGCACGGUUUCUUACGGCAGUGAGUGCAGCAAGACAACCCUCACCUAUACGGGCUAUGACCGAUCUGUUAAUGAAAUCUCCACCAUCAAUGAUAUCCUUAUCUGGGGGAAUCCCAAAUCCAAAUACAUUUCCAUUCAAAGCUGCAAGCAUAACAAUGAAUGAUGGGACAGCCAUUGAGAUUGGGGAGAGUUUGAUGAAGAAAGCUCUACAGUACUCUGCAACAUCUGGAAUUCCCGAAUUAAUCUCCUGGCUGAAAGAUUUACAGAACCAAUUGCACAAUCCGCCAACACUUACUUACAGCCCCGAGAAAGGUCAGAUGGAGCUGUGUGUCACCACUGGAAGUCAGGAGGGUCUGUCCAAAAUAUUUGAAAUGCUAGUGAAUGCUGGAGACAAUGUCUUACUGGACGAGCCAACCUAUUCUGGAACUCUAGCCGCUGUAAAACCACUGGGUUGCAAUCUUAUUGGUGUCCCCACUGACCAAAACGGUAUUAUUCCCAAGGCUCUUAAGAAUAUUCUUUCCAGAUGGCGACCAGAGGAUGCCACUAAUCCUAAAAAGAAUUCCCCAAAAGUUCUUUAUACCAUACCAAAUGGAGGUAAUCCCUCUGGGGCCUCACUGACUGAAGAGCGCAAAAUAGAAAUCUACAAGAUUGCACAAGAGUAUGAUUUAAUUAUUGUGGAAGAUGACCCCUAUUAUUUUCUCCAGUUCAACAAGCCUUGGGCUCCAUCUUUUCUCUCAAUGGAUGUUGAUGGGCGUGUUAUCAGAGCAGACUCUAUGUCCAAAGUCCUUUCUUCCGGAUUGAGGAUUGGCUUUUUAACAGGUCCCAAGCCACUUAUAGACAGAAUAAUUCUGCACAUGCAGGUCUCUACCUUACAUACAAGUUCCUUCACUCAGAUUAUGAUACAUCAGCUUCUGCAGAAGUGGGGUGUAGAAGGCUUCCUGGAACAUACUGAUAGGGUAAUAAACUUCUAUAAAUCACAGAGGGAUGUCAUGCUUGCUUCUGCAGAUAAGUGGCUAACAGGUUUGGCUGAGUGGCACUGUCCUUCAGCUGGCAUGUUCCUAUGGCUGAAGAUUAAAGGAGUGCCUGAUACACAUCAAUUGAUCAUGCAAAAAGCAAUAAGUAACCAGGUUCUUUUAGUUCCUGGUUCCGCGUUCACUACUGACAGUUCAAAACCCAGCUCUUAUGUGAGAGCCUCUUUCUCUUUGUCUACCCCAGAGCAGAUGGACUUGGGACUGCAAAGACUGGCAUCUCUUAUCGUUGCAGAAAGAAAAUGAAUAAGCUACCUACUACAUAGAAACUACAAAUUGU